AUGCGUGUACUCUAUCUGGUUCUAUUGGUUGUAGUAUCGGCAGUUUCUGCCAAAUCUCUUUUAGAGCAGAUCGAAGAACGGGCGGAGAACAAUUGCAAAACAAUUAUGGAUCUGUUCAUUAUCCUCGACUCGUCCGGUAGUAUUGGCGCUGCUGCAUUUGAAAAUGCUAAAAAAGCUCUCAUUGAAAUGGUUUCCAUGUUACAAAUUGGUCCCAAGAAAGUACAAGUAUGGGUGUUCAAUUAUGGACAAACUGUUGACAUGCCAAUCGCUUUUCAUAACAUGCCUAUGUCAGACUUCACCAAAGAUGUUCUAAUUCGAAAGAUUCAAAACAUUCCAUACAUGAACGGUGGUUGUACUGCUACAGGAGACGCACUACGUGAUGCUCGACUGGUUUGUGGCAAACAUUGUCGAGGUCUUCAUGAAGGUGUUUCACGAAUUGCUGUUGUUUUCACCGAUGGAAAUAGCAAUUGCGGUGCAUCAGUUGGUGUCGAGUCUUCUCAAUUCUUCAGUCAAACUAAAUCUAGUGUUUUUGCUGUUGGUAUUGGUUCCGGUAUUAACACUAAAGAACUCCUCACAAUUGCUACCGAAAAAAAACAUGUUGUACACGUCAACAACUAUACCGAAUUAAUUACAGCAAUGAACAAUAUCACUGUAUAUACAUGUGGUAUUCCAGCUUUUGUUCUUCCAAAUAUUAAAGUAGAAACAUCAACACCUAGCAACACAUUUCGAUACUACCAAGUCGAUACAACAGAACAUUUCCGAAAUAAUCGAAACGGUCAAGGUGGAUUCAUCGAACUUAACGCACAUGUUCAUAAAGGUAAAGUAGACGUUUACACAUCGACGACAAAUUCCAAUCCGGGACCAGGUACUGGCCAUCGUGUUCAAUUUAACACAAGAGGAUCUGAUCUAUUCUAUAUCGAACAUAUUGAAGAAGAUACUCCAAGAUUAUAUUUUAGUUUUUACGGUGUUGAAACAGCCAACGAAUAUGAUUUUGUUGUUAAUUGGCUUGACGCCAGCGGUGGAAUAAUCGGUUAA